AUGGCUUUGAUGAAUUUCAAUAGUCAUGGAAGUCAGGAUCUUUAUCCCACUUUCCUCACUGCCCAGCUUGGCUUUAGUAAGAAUGCGUCUACCGUGACCAACUGUGUUGCCAAUAUUGGUGCGUUGGUUGGUGGUGUGGUUGCUGGUCAUUUGAGUCAUGUUAUCGGUAGAAGACUUAUGAUUCUUAUUUGUUGUGUUUUGGGUGGUGCUAUGGUGUAUCCAUGGGCAUUUUCUACUAAUAAUGCUUCGGUGAAUGCCGCUGUUUUCUUUAUGCAGGCUUUGGGUGUCCAGUCCAGUUGGGGAGUGAUCCCUAUCCAUUUGUCAGAACUGUCGCCUCCUCGAUUCCGUGCCUUCAUUGUCGGUAUCAGUUAUCAAUUGGGUAAUCUUGCUUCCUCGGCAUCCAGUACUAUUGAGUCGACUAUCGGUGAAAGAUUCCCUCUUACUGGUCCUAAUGGAGAACAUGUUCCUGGAAAGUAUAAUUACGGCAAAGUCAUGGCUAUUUUCAUGGGCUGUGUAUUCGGUGUGUUGUUCAUUGUUAUUCUCGUGGGUCCUGAAAACCGUGGUGCCAAUCUCUUGACUCGCGAUCCCGACGAGGAGAUUGCUGCUGCUCAACAGGCAUACUUCCAGGAAAAGAAUGACCACCAACACAUCGAGGGUGAUGCUCAGCCUUAA